UCUUUCUGUGUAGAUGGCCUUCUCCAUCACACGGUCUGUCUCACUUUCUCUUUCUGUUUCUUUGUCUCGUCUGUAUGGAAAAGAAACUCCUUUCUUUUAAAUAUAUUAUGUGUCUUUCGGUUUUGUUCUCUUUGUCUUUGUCUUCAUCUUCCCUCACUGUUCUGCCAGAGGGGUGCAUGGUCAUAUUAGAUUGUCCAGUGAAACAGCAUCACAGCAUAAAGUCUAACUCUAUUGAUUGAGCUUGCUGUUAAAAUAUCCAUGUUAGCCUGUUAUCUCUUUUCCUGCAUUGGUCUUUUUGGUAAAUUACAAAAGACGCUUUGUUUGUUCAGCCUAACCCUUUUUCAACUGUCUAUGAGAUCAGAUCUGUCUCCAUGGCAACAGUUGCUGAGGGGACAAUCUGAUCCCCUGUCACUGUAUCCAACCUUUGACUUGUCUGCUGCUCUUCCUGUGUCUCACCCCAAAAUACCUCCCCCUCCUGCCUCUUGGAUACUAGUCUCCCUCCAAAUGGUAUUGGAAGCUUGUACCUGUAAGUGCAAGAGCUAGCCUCUCCAGUCUCCUGUGUGUGUGUAUGUGUAUGUGUACGUGCGUGUGUGUUUAAGAAUGUGUCUAUUAAUGCGCAUUGAUGUGGUAGCACUCUGGCAAUUAUAUUAAGUACCUUAUAUGGUGCAAGAUACUUUUUCUAAUGAGAUAAACAACAAAAUUAACGUAACAUAUCAUUAAUCAAAGCCAACUUUAAGGAGAAGUGCAUCACAGCACAAUGAGUACAAACUUCAAACAACAAACAAAAAGAUGAUAUGGUGUCUCUUGGUUGCAAAAGCAGACCCAACAUGCAUGCCGAAUACCCUAGCUGAUUUUCUUUUACCUUGCUUGAACCCUUUUAGCAGAUCCACCCUCCUUCCCUUCAUUUCUCACUGCAGCUUCAAACAGUGACUGCACCACCAUCAUCCCCUUUUAAUAAGCUGCACCCACCCGAUGCUUAAUGGCUGCUGUUUCUCUAACUCAUUGUUUCCAUAAAGCAACCUGUGUGGAGCCCAGUGUCUGCAUGAUUCAAGUGCAUUAUAGCACUUCCUGCCAUCUCUCCUGACUUGCCUCACUUAGUCCUUCACUCUUUCCCAAUCAUUACUUUCAUUCUUCCUCCAUCAGCCUGAUAUAAUGCAUGCUGUGGCCCACUGCUUAUUGGAGCCUGUGGAGUUCUCUCGUGUGGUGCGUUACCGUAGAGAUCACCUGUCGGGUCGGACGCUUCAGCACUUCCCCCUGUUGGAGGACCUGAUGAAGGAUGUGUGUGAUGGGGCGGCUCUGCUGACUGUGAUCCACUUCUAUUGUCCAGAAGUCCUGCGACUAGAGGAUAUCUGUCUGAAGGAAGUUCCCUCCAUAGCAGACAGUGUAUACAACAUCCAGCUACUGAGGGAGUUUUCCAAUGAGUACCUGAACAAAAGCUUCUAUCUGAGGCCAGAGGACAUGCUGUACUCUCCACCAGUGCUGAAGAAUAAUCUGAUGGUCUUCAUUGCUGAGCUCUUCUGGUGGUUUGAAAUUGUGAAGCCAGACUUUGUACAGCCCAGGGACCUUCAAGAAAUCAAAGAUGUGAGGUUGUUGCUGCAGCCGAAGAGCUCCCGACCCCAUGUGCCCAUUUCCAGUGUCACGAAACGUAGUUUCGUGACCUCAUCAAGCUCUGCUGACAUCUUGACAACACCCCCAAGCCCAGACCUCAGUAGCAAACUGACUCCAUCGCCAAGCCCCUCUCGCUCCUUACUGCCUCUGAGACAGAGACAACAGAGGAUGUACGAGGAUGGCGCUUCAGGGCUGAGAAAUAGGUCCAGCUCUCUAUCACAUGUGGAUGGGCAGCCUCAGGACUCAGUACUGGCCUGGCCAGAGAGGAGGCAGAGGCCCUUAUCCCAGCAAAUACCCUAUGCCCUGCAUUUUCCCCUGGAAGAUGACGGGGAUAGUGUCAGCCUUGCUCGCUCCAUCAGCAAAGACAGCCUGGCCUCCAACAUCUUGAGUAUCACUCCAAAACACAUGUUUGGUACAGGUCCCCAGCUGCCUCCACACAGGCUCAACGGUCAAGGCCUGCGGGGUCACAUUCGUAUAGAGGAUGAGGAAGAGGAGGUGGAGGAGGAAGAGCUGGUAGCUAUUAUCCACCCUUCUGCACUUCCUCGACAUCGACUUGAGAGUGACAUGGAACAGGAUGAGCUGGAGAUACAGAAUGGGGCCUCCACCUCUAGAAUGUCCGGUGCCCGUUGCUCUCCCUGCCAUGACGUUCACUCUGUUCCAUGUGCUCUGGACCCCAAGGCAGACAGCUUCUACCUGGAGCCCCUGAUGCCGGCUGUCCCAAAGCCAGCCAAAGAAAAGAGCAUCAGUCUGAACAAGGAAGAGGAGAGUGGUGAGAGUCGCUCAAGAACAGCUGUAGCUGCUAAGAAAACAAAUGUCAAUAUGACUGACACCAGCGAGAGGAAAAACCCUGUUGCUGAAUCAAAUAAUCUUAAAAGUACCUUUGUACCCAUAUCUCGGGUAGAAUCAGCCAACAGCCCUCUCAGCCCUCCCACAGAGGGAGCAAUAGGCUCCUCUCAGUCUGAUAGGGAAAAGUCCCAAAGUUUUUUUCUUCAUCUAUCAGGAGAGUCAGAAGAUCAGGUCCAGGCAGUCCUCCCUACACAGGUGUGCCACAGUCCCUUCUUCAUUCCCUUGGAAGAUGGCCAUGAGUCUGACUCAGACAUUGCAGAUCUUGAGGAAGAUGAAGAGGAGGAGGGGCAAAUGAAAAUGAGGAGUACAUGUCCAAAAGAGGUAGAGGUGUCUGAUUUUGGCGAAGGAGAGGGUGAGUCAGCCAAGUUGAGAGAGGACCUGAAAGUGAGUGAGCGGGAUGAUAAGGAAGAUGUUAGCGGACGCUCUAGCCCUUGCCUCAGUACCAUAUCAUGGGCAAGCAGCUGCAGUGCCUCAGGCAGCAACAGUGUCAGGAUGACCAGCUUUGCAGAGCGUAAGCUCCACUUGAUUGGCUUCCGUGAUGGGUUCUCAAGCACCAGCAGCUCCCAAAUGACCACACCUGAUGGCUCUGAGACUCCCCCCUACCCUCUGGGAGGUUCAUGGCGACUGAGGAGUGAUGGCAGCUCCUGCUGGCUAGGGAAGGAGCCUGGUUCUGUAUUAGCCAAGGAUGGGGCCCCAGUAGUGCCCUCAGAACUGGUGCAACUUCAUAUGAAGCUAGAAGAGCAGAGGCGUGCCAUUGAACACCAGAAGAAGAAGAUGGAGACUCUGUCAGCACGACAGCGACUAAAGCUAGGUAAAGCUGCCUUCUUGAACAUAGUAAAAAAGGGGGGAGGAAGGAGUGACACCCUGCCUCAGCCCCUGAAACAUCCACAGGAAACUUUAGGCCUGACAGCUGCUGAUAGGAGUAAAAUGAAGACCCAUCCCUGCAAAGAUGACUCCUGUCUUGAGGCCCUGAAAGUUCAGGCAACAACAGGACAGACAGAGGGAGAACAGAGAGAAAAAGACAAUAGGCUGAAUACCAAUAUCCUGCCCCAGGAUGAUGGGGCUGAACCUGACUUGGGUGAGUGCAGUCGCUCCAUAGAGCUGCUGAAUGAAGCCAUUAGCUCCAUUCAGAAGCAGAUGAUGCAGCUCUCUUUACAGCAGGAUUUGCUGAUGAAGCAGAGUGUGUUAUCGCCUCCUGGAGCCCAAGAAUCAGGCUCUACCCCAGCUCCCAUCACAACACAAACAUCAGCCUCCACCUCUGACCCUAGAACUAGUGCUGUGGCUCACUUUGUGGACAUCAGUGGCAGCAGUUCUGGCCCUGCUCGCCGUCCCCCCAAGCUUAGCUCGAGCCAGCGCAACCUCCGGACCAAAGCCUCAGAACAAAAACAGAGUAAAGAGAACAGCAGGGUGAUGUCCAUGAAGCCCAGCAUUCAGCCUUCAGACUCCAGAACCUCCUCCAGAGAAAGUAUUAGUGGGGACCAGGAGGCGGGGUUUGUAGAGAGCUCCAAGCCGUUAGAGAGAAGCAGCCUGAGAAACACCACCUUCAGAGUCCAUGAUGAUGCCAGUCACGGCAGCCCCAGAGAGGGACCUGGAUCGCCCCUAGACCAGCCCUUACCUCAGGACCCAUCUGUUAUCUCCAGUAAGUCCAUGUCUCCCUCAAAUGGGAAUAAACUUGCCAGUUCAGGGAAGGAAGCUGUUGGUGGAGAGGAGAAUACCAGGGUCAAGGGUCAACUGAUUGAGGUUGACCUAUCAGAUCUCAAGGACCCACUGGAGGAGGGCGGUGCAGAUGUUCCAGACAGCACAGAUGACAAUGAGCAGAAGAAUGUAUUGGGCUUCUUCUUUAAGGAUGAUGAGAAGGCAGAGGAUGAAAUGGCGAAGCGUCGGGCUGCCUUCCUUCUCAAACAGCAGCGGAAGGCGGAAGAGGCCAGACUACGCAAACAGCAACAGGAAGUCGAGAUUGAACUCAGACGUGAUGAGGCCAGGCGUAAGGCAGAAGAGGAUCGUGUGCGUAAGGAGGAGGAGAAAGCACGACGGGAGCUAAUUAAGCAGGAGUAUUUGCGGAGGAAGCAGCAGGAGCUGAUGGAAGAGCAGGGCAUGGUCAGGCCCCGCCCCAGGACUAAAUCCCGCAAGAGCAGGCCCAAGUCACUGCACCGUGAGGAGUCCAACAGCCUCUCCAAAGGAUCCAAUACACUUGAUUCCAGCCAUCGUGGAUCCACUCUUUCUCUGGCUACUGAAGCUGACAGUGUCGCCUCAGGAGGGGCAGAUUCACAGAGGGCUGGAUCUGCGUGCUCCAUGGAGUCGUUCCCUAUGCUGAGCAGGGCGUCUAGCAGGAACAUGGAGAGGGACUGGGAGAACGGCUCCACAGCCUCUUCUAUCACUUCAGUUGCAGAGUACAGUGGUCCUAAGCUCUUCAAGGAACCGAGCUCCAAGUCCAACAAGCCAAUCAUCAUCAAUGCCAUCGCCCACUGCUGCCUGGCUGGCAAGGUCAAUGAGACCCAGAAAAAUGUUGUCCUAGAGGAGCUGGACAAGUGUGAGUCCAACCACCUGAUGAUCCUCUUCCGUGACGGUGGGUGUCAGUUUCGCGCCAUUUACUCUUUCUCACCAGAAACUGAGGAGAUCAUCAAGUUCACCGGCACUGGCCCACGCACCAUCAGUCGGAAGAUGAUUGACAAGCUCUACAAAUACAGCUCGGAUCGCAAACAGUUCACCAUCAUCCCAGCCAAGACUGUGUCAGUCAGUGUGGACGCCCUGACCAUCCAUAACUACCUCUGGCAGAUCAAGAGGCCAGGCAGCGCAAGGAGGAAGUGACAAAGAACAAAGACAGGGGAAAAAGAAAGAGUGGACUUUGACAGUCGCUACUCUACUCCUACUGUUGGGCAGGACCCAAUAGUUUCAGAGAUGAUUGACAUGUCAUCAUGUGACUGGCAUAUCAUUAAUUAGCUGGUUUAGCCUGCUGGUGCACUCUGUAGAUGUUCUCUAGCGGUCUCUAGGUGGUGAUGUCUCCAUGGUAAUGAGAGACUAUACAGUAAUUAAAAGACCUGCCAACUGAAUGCACUCAAAUGGUGUGCUCAAAUUUUUCUUUUGUUUCAGUUAUUUUGUUUAAGCAUUUCUUUCUGCAUGUCACACUUUUAUGUUUUAAAUCUUAGGCACAUCCCACAUGAAUAAUGUUGGCACAAAGUACCCUCUAUAUCUUGUUUUUUUUUUUUUGUUUUUUUUUUUGGUAUUUCUUUUUUAUAUGACAGUGACAGUACAGAAAGACAGCAGAGGCAGGGGAGAGAGAGGGGAUGCCAUGCAGCAAAUGGCCCAGGCUGGAUUCAAACCCAGGCUGCUGCAGUAAGGACCUCAAUAUGUGGUACGUGCUCUACCAGGUGAACUACUGCUGAGUCUAAUAAUCUCCUGUAAUGGACUUCUGGAUUCCUAUGUAGCAGGGAAGUGGAGAUGGAUUCCCUAGUUAAAUACUACUGAAACUACUAACAGUGUAUACUACUGAAACACCUGCAACAACAAACUGGCAUUAGGAAACAUUCACGUGAUAUCGACUAAAAGAUGGUUUGCUAUUUCAGCCUGGCAAGAAAAAGAUUGAAGCCCUGCUGCUGUGAUUUCUCCAGGCACUUCAUAGAUCUAUAUUUAUUAAUUAAUAACUACUAUUGUUCAUCAUUCUAUGUAUGAAGAGGGCGCUUUGAACAAACAGACAUGUUUUUGUUAAAUUUAAGUACGGAAUGGAUGCUAAUAUUUAAGUGUUGCUUUUUCUUUAGUGUGUUUGUGCAGAAGUGUCUGAGUUUUUGUGUUGGGGAGCUGUAUGCAGCAUUUUGCUAUGAAUGUGUUUACUCUUUGGAAUAUGCUUUAAAACUUUUGUCAUGGGAUAUGACAAGAUUAUUGUCAUGUCAGUGGAACAAUGGAGUAAAGCACCACCACUUGUUUCUCAAGUGUUGGAACUGUGUGUUGCUGUUAUGGUGGAGGAAAGGUCUUACAAACAAUAUGGUGUUUUUACAGCAGGGAAUAUGGUACUACUAUUUAUUCCAAAAAACAGCAAGCGCUUUGAGGCUCAGUGCAUUAUACCUUAUCAAUAGUGCAUUAUAUCAAGUUCAAAAUGUAUAUCCCACACAAACGAGCCCUCUGAGAUCUCAAAGUGGCUCGCUGAACCAAAAUGAACUGAGCUAUGCAGUGCUGCAUUGGCCUUGCUGGAACUGCACUGAGAAAUUGUGAAAAGGAGUAACCUUGUGCUACUGCAGUUCAGGUAGAGGCGGCCGUCUAGUGUGAAUAAGUGCUGCUGUAGCCACUGAGAUGUCUGCUGCUCCGCACCUGCUCACUGGAUCCCGGUGAGAGAUCAGAUUUCCAUGUAGCCUCUGACUCUCAACCUGCUGCAUGGCAGCACCAGUAAUUUCCCUCCCAUGACUGGCUGUCUGCAGCUACUCAAGGUGAGGGAAACUGCACAAUACUUGAUAUUUUUUUGCUGCAUUUUGUACAUUUUUGAGUAGUGUUUUUUGUACAUAAUGUGCAAUUUAUGUUUACUAAAAAGCUGGCACUAUUUUGAGGUUUAUUCUGUUACAGGCUUACAGAGACGUUCUGGUUUAUUUGACUGUGUUCUACCGUAUGUUUAUUUUGAAGAGAAAUAAUAAAAUUUACUUAGGUAAAUUUUCU